AUGAACAGGAUGAAUUUGAUUGAUGCCGUGGCACUGCAAGCAAACAACACCAUGUGGCUUCUUCCCCUUCUCUUCUCAUUGGCCUUGGCCCUAAAUGAGCGAAGUGGAAAAGGAGUCGAGCUUGAUGAUGCUCUUCAAGCUCUAUGCAUAACAGACCAGGGUUACUUAAGUGGGGACGAAGCUUUCCCGGAUGAUGACGAGGCGGAUUGUUGCUCUUUUGUGGUAUGUGAUGCAGCUGAUGGAAAUAAGACUGGCUUUCUUGGCAAAUGUAUGGGUGGAACUGUGUGGAACGCUGAUCUUCUUGUGUGUGAUGAUCCAAAAUAUGUUGACGGAUGCGACCCGGCAACUUGUGACGUUCCCAAAAAAACUACAGCUCUUUGUGGUCCUCUAGAAUCAAAUCAGUGUUGUGUUGGAGGAAGAGAGCCUGUGUUCACCCUUGUUGAUGCCUUCUUCAGCAUAUACAGUGUCUCUACUGAUGGUGAGCCACAAUUCUGCCCAGACAUACAGGUGUUCAACCUAGAGGACUGCUGCUGCGAGUAUGAAUACGAUGAGGACGAAGUAUGCGCUGAGGGCCCAGGCUUUUACUAUGCUAAUCCAGAAGAUCCAUGCUGUAGCUAUCUUCAAUGUUGGUCAAACAAGACCGGUUACGAUACAGUGCAGUGUAUGCCCCCGUCCGUGUGGAAUGAUGUGAACAAAACAUGUGAUAUCCAAACCAAUGUUAUGGCAUGCAUGAAUGUAAUUUGUGACACCCCAAUGACGGACGCCCCAUGUCCCCCAGCCGAUAGCCUCGAAGAUGAUCAAUGUUGUGUCAAUGGACUCACAUAUAGGAUGAUUGACAACAUAAACUACAUGUUAGAAGAUGAGCAACAGAGAGCCAAUUGCUGCCCAGUUGAUAUGGCGGGGGAACAGCUGAAUUUCAGUCUAGAGACCUGCGGUUGUGAAUAAGAUUUGGAAAAUACAAAGAGCGAGAGUGAAUCAAUGUGUUUUCUCAUUUAUUUGUUCAAAUCAAAUGAAAUAAAAUAGUGUGCGUUAUC